GGCUCCGCCCCGCGCCUGUUGAGAUCCCCGCUCCGCGACGCCGCCUCCCCACAUCCGAGUCGCGACGUCCACGCGGAGCCAUGAACCAGCGGAGCCUCCUCCUCUCGCUCGGCCUCGUCGCGCUGCUCGCCGCCUCCCUCGCCUCGGGCGAGUUUGCUCGCUGUGACCCGUCUCGCUUCCAGUGCCGCAAUGGGCGCUGCGUGCCCGAGGCGUGGCGCUGCGACGGCGGCAACGACUGCGGGGACGGCAGCGACGAGACGGGAUGCGGACCUUGCAGGAAGGAUCAGUUCAGUUGCGCCGAUGGGAUGUGCAUCAACCGCAGGUGGCGGUGCGACGGGCGGCCCGACUGCCCCGACAGCUCGGACGAGAGCCCAGCCGAGUGCGGCUUGCGCUCUUGCGCAUCUGAUGAGUUUGACUGCGGUAGAAACGUGACGUCUCAGCGCUGCAUCCAGCACAGCUGGGUGUGCGACGGAGACCGCGACUGCGAGAGCGGGGAGGACGAGCAGGGCUGUGCCCCCGUGGUGUGUGCAGAGCACGAGGUCACGUGCCGCAGCGGCAAGUGCGUGGACGAGAAGUUCGCGUGCGACGGCGACGACGACUGCGGCGACGGCACGGACGAGGAGGGCUGCCCCACGGUGCCGCCGUGUGCCGCCGGCUCGCUGGCGUGCCCGUCCGACCCGGCCGUGUGUGUGCCGCCGAUGCUGCAGUGCGACGGGCAUGCCGACUGCCCCGGCGGUGAGGAUGAGGCGGACGAGCGCUGCCCCGGUGAGGGCCGCCUGGAUCCCAGCUGCAGGAGCAAUGCGUUUCGCUGCCGCUCGGGCCACUGCGUGCACGAGGGUUGGCGCUGCGACGGGGACCCCGACUGCGACGACGGGUCUGACGAGGAGGGAUGCAAGGUGGAGGCUUGCAGUGCGAACCAGCUGCGCUGCACGGAUGGGUCGUGCGUGCCCGGUAGCAGCCAGUGCGACGGCUUCAGGGACUGCCACGAUGGCUCCGACGAACACGACUGCAACAACACAGCCGUGGACUGCACGGGCCCCGGCUGGUUCCGCUGCCGCUCUGGCGAGUGCCUGCAGGACCGUCAAGUGUGCGACGGGACGAGAGACUGCCACGACUGGUCGGACGAGCCGCUCAGCCUGUGCAAUGUGAACGAGUGCGCCACCACCAACGGAGGCUGCUCGCACACAUGCUGGGACCGGCCGCUAGGCUUCGAGUGUGGCUGCCCCGCGGGAUACGAACUCCUGGACGAGUACACGUGCGGAGACACGGACGAGUGCAAGCAGCCCGGCGUUUGCAGCCAGCUGUGCAUCAACUAUAAGGGCGGAUACAAGUGCGAUUGCUACGAGGGAUACACCAUGGACCCCGCCACGCAGGCCUGCAAGGCCACUGAGCACCAAAAGACCUACCUGAUCUUCGCAAACCAGCGUGACGUGCGCCGCGUAGACCUGCACACGCGCAGCUACAAGCAGCUCAUCUCGCGCACGCGCAACACUGUCGCCGUAGCCGUCGAGAUCACGGCCAACCGCAUCUACUGGUCCGACCUGGGCCAGAAGCAAGUUUACAGCGCACUAAUGGAUGAGGCGCAUGAUUCCACGCGCCACACCAGCGUGCUGGGCGAGGCGCCUGUCUUUGUUGAGGGCAUCGCCAUCGACUGGGUGCACGGGAACCUCUACUGGACCGACUCGAAAGCCAAAACCGUUGCCGUGGCCAAACCCGACGGCUCCCGGCGCCGCACGCUCUUCGGUCAAGGGUUGAGCGAGCCCCGUGCCAUCGCCGUAGACCCGCUGAGCGGGUUCGUCUACUGGUCCGACUGGGGUCAGCCGGCUAAGAUCGAGAAGGCCGGCAUGAACGGCGUAAGCCGCCAGGUCAUCGUGUCGAAGGACAUCGAGUGGCCCAACGGCAUCACGCUCGACCUGGUGAACAAGCGUCUGUACUGGGUGGACUCAAAGCUGCGCACGCUGUCCAGCGUGAACCUGGCCGGGGGCGAGAGGCACGAGGUGAUGCACCAGACGGACGCGCUCCACCACCCCUUCGCCAUCGCCAUCUUCGAGGACAAGGUGUAUUGGGCUGACGGGGAGAAGGAAGCCAUCUACAGUGCUGACAAGCACACGGGGAGCGGAAUUUCCUCCGUGGUGGAGGACCUGCACAGCCCCCAGGACCUGCUCGUUUACCACCCCCUGCUGCAGCCAAACGGCACGGACUGGUGCAGCACAGCGCCGCUCCCGAACGGCGGCUGCGCAUACCUGUGCCUGCCGGCGCCGCACAUCACCGCCGGGUCGCCGCGGUUCACGUGCGCGUGCCCUGAUGGGGAGUUCCUCGCAAACGACGGCCGCGGUUGCAGCAAAGACCGCCCCCCUGUCGUCGUGAUGACAACCGGACCGAAGGACGUCACGAGUCGGGAGCCACAGCGGACGAGCCCACGGCCCGCGACCGCCUCGUCCUCCACCACGACCACCACGACCACCACGCUCUCAGACCGCCCGGCUGCCGUGACGACGGAUGACGCGGCUCGGCAGCACCAGCGGACGAGCACGGCGCCCGCGACCUCCCCCACCGCGACCAACUCCCAUAUGCUGGCUCGCAAGGAGGAGGCCUCAACGUCUGUGGUGCCCGUGGCACUGGGGAUCACCAUCCCUAUUGUGCUGCUGCUGCUGUUGGCAGCAGGUGCAGCGAUGCUGUGGCGUAGCUGGAAGCGGCGUAGUGCCAAAAGCAUUCACUUUGAGAACCCGGUUUACCGCAAAACCACGGAGGAGCAGGAGGAGGAGGAGCGAGAGAUGAGCUUUGGCAUGACUCGCAACGGCUCCGUGAGCAGCGCCCACUCCUACACGCCGAUUGUGCAGGUCCACGUAGAAGAGGACUAGUGUCGGAAGCUUUGGGGGGAGAACAACGGAAACGAAAAAGCCCCACGAAUAUACAUUUACAACCAGAGGACCAGUGAGCUUCACUGCAGUCACCCAGGAGGGGUCUGAUUCUCUCUCUCCUCUCUCCGGCACCUCCCCCUGGCUUCUCUCCCAAGCAGGUGUGGGUGGGGGGCUUCUGGGGGUGGGCAGGGGGGGGCACAGAUCCUGUAGAAAUUGUUACAAGUCGCCCUUAAUUGCGUCCGAAAUUCCGAAACGCCCUGGGUUGAGGAAGGUGUUUCUUCCAUUGUGCUAAUUGCGCAAUUUAAGUUCUCAUUCUGCCAUUCGCCCCUCGCUGUAAUGAGGGAGUGGGCGGUUGAAGCUGCUCAUCAAACUUACGGUGCCAACGUCUCCUCCAUCGAUGAAGUCAAGCCUGCUUUCUGGGAAAGGCCACAACACAAGCUACCUUGCCGAGGUUUUGCCAUAUUUCUACGGCAAUCGGAGAGCGGGCUGCGUCGUGACCACUCUGAGACUCUUGACGUGCGGCCGCCUUUCACGGGGUCUGGGCAAUCUUGUCGCGCACCACCGCUCCCCAGAAACUUUACGUUUGAGGCAUUGCGGCCCUCACCACACAUUCUGUUUUUUUUCUAACCACUACGUGGCCCAGUUCAGCCAAAGAGUUCUCAAGGCCGUCACACGCCAACGACUAACAGGCCGCGGGGGCAUGGACGCAAUCUGGGCGGGGUGGCGGUCGGGUCGGACCGUUACACGACAAGCCUUUCAACUGUGGUAACGUUGCUGUCCACGGCCAUGUUAGUUUGAUGACCUCAUCAAUGUCGACCGGGGGCGGGGGGAAGGAGGAGGGGGGGGGGUGAUAUUUUGCAUAAGCGCUUUGGUUUGAAUGAAUCGCUCCUGAAGGAGGAGGGGGGGAGCACCAUUGUUUACAGAUUUGAGGGUAGGGAAAUCGAUCGUUGCUUUAUAAACCCGUGGGCGUGUUGAUGCACGGGCGUGUUGAUGUGACGGGCGAGCAGGCAGGUGAGGUGGGGGAUGAGGUGGGAGGGGAGGUCACAUCGCCGACGUCUGUAAGCAGGCAGCGUGCCCGAGAGCCAAGAAGGUUCUCCUCGUCCGAGUCUGUCUGCGGAGUGGUUUUGACGACGCCCGGGAGAGUCGGAAUCCGGGAGCUGCGUGUAUGUGACAGCCGCUGCUCUAAUCGUGCAUAGCACAGACUGUACCAUCAAGACAACGAAACAGCCUUAAUAUUAUAAACACGGGCAGAUGACUGCAAGCAAAGCCCGAAUGUUUGUAACGUGGCCAGUUUACUGCGGUGACGAUUGUGUUGUGUGUUGCGUGCGUGGUGAAUCGGUUGGACUGUGCUUGGAUCGGCUUAUUUAUUCUUGGUAUUGUGUGUAUAUGUGUAUGUAUGUCUGGCUUUGUACAAACAAAACAAUACUCCGUCUUCUGUAAAUUUGAGCCAUCCGUGAUAAAUGUCGGUUAAUCGACACGUGUUUGUAACUAGCUUUCUGUACAUAUGUAUAAAAUGCUCCGUGUGUGGGACAGAACAAUUGCCCAACACGCAUUGUAUUGUGAUGACCUACUGUAGUAACUGGCCGGGAGUAAAGACGGCACGGGGAGAAGCACCCUGUGCCUUCUUAGCGGCGGCAGGAUUUCAAGACGGUUUUUUUGUGGUUCUUUAUCGUUGCUUUUUCAGAUCUUUGUUUUUCCUGUUUUUGAACUGGCAUCAAUCAACUCAGGGCCAGGGGCGGCAGUGGGCCGCAUCGGUAGAAUGUCAGGGGUGCCGUGGCGUCGCGAUGUCACGUUGGAACCGCAGCAGCGUCGGGAACCCAUCACGAUGGCCACCGGCGCCGUUUUGGUGAACGCAGGAAACGGCACAAAGUGGCCUCUUGCUCAUAGAAGCACACUCGAUCCUGUGACACUACCAGCCACAUUUCGGUUGAGGGUUGAACGUGAAGUCCGUGGGCUUUUCCAGCAAAAAAGCCCAUCGAGGUGGGGUCAACACCCCGAGCUCUCGGUUGCGCCACCAAAUUGUUCUCAAUCGCACGCGAUCGUGGACGAGUCUGGUAGCAGAGACGUCCACUCUGGGGGCUCGUUAGCCAUUGUGUCACACGGCACCGAGUCGCGUAGCCGACGGCUUCGGGUGUGGAUCUGCCCGUUUGGAGUUUUUAUUUUAUUUACGGCGUGGGUGCGUGCGUGAUUUGUUGCAGAAUUGUAAAUAAUAAUGAUUGCAAAAGAAUCUCAAGGACUCACGAAUGCCUUUCCAGCCAGGCCUCGCCUCGCUCGUGAUGACGCAACUGUUGUGACAGUCGUCGCAACCGACCAACUGAGCCAAACGCGUGUCGCUAAAACCCUCAGGAGCUGCUGUGCACGGUCGGUGCGUCAACGAACCUCAUAAAUCGGCGUCGCAGGCAGAGCUUCGUCAGGGUAAUUCUGCCGCGCCGCCGAAGGGCUCUCGGUUCUUGGCGUCGCCGGGCUGGGUGACCGCGUGCACUCAGGAGCCAGGCGUAACGCGACCACGAGCUUUAAGAAAAUCGACUGCGUCCGUCCUUGCUCGGUCUUACUACCUCCCGUGUGCUUUCCGCCAUGGUGGAAUAUCGUCGCGCCAGAGAGAGGAGCUUGUGCCUGGGGCGGGGGGGGGGAGAGAUAGUUUUGUCCACGGCAGCAACCUCGUUCAGUAUCCCUCGCCCGUGCGUUCCUUAUCUGCAGCGUUCGCUGGGUACUAUAUCCGUCUGUCAUGCGUUGCCGCGACCAAUGCUUUCCUACCACUGCUCGCGUGCAAUAGCCGUGUUGAGAAGCGGCUCCGAAAAGUUGUCACGGGUUCGAUCGUUUCCACGAAACGCCACGUUCGCGCGGUGGUUCGCGUGGUGGUCCGCGGAAAUUCUUGACCGUGAUCUGCAGAUAUGGCUGGGGAACUCCCACUGCGUUUUCUAUCCAGCCGUAAUUAGUGACAUCUGUAUAUGCGUUAUAUAAGUUCAAACUUUUAUUUCAACUGGUUGCCAAUUUUGUAUAGUUGUCACUUUUCGUUGCCAAAAUGAUUGGGGGGUUCUAUUUAAGUUUAUGUCCGUUGUACGCGUUUGUAAAUCGGCCGAAUGGGAUCUUGCACUUAAUGAUGGGUAUCACGUGCCAUGGUCACUGGCGAGCUGCAGCGGCGGCGCACGAGGCUGCAUAUGGCGCUAUGGGGGGGGGGGGGGGGGGUCGGUGUUCCCCGAACCCCCCCCCCCCUCUUGUCGUUGCAUUGCUGCUGACUGUGGCUCCGCUCGUACUCGCUCGCACGCACACAUUUGGGCAGCAGCCUGGGUAAAACCAGCGGCGGCGUCGCCGUCGGCGUCUUUGUGGAGCUGCGUUGCAGCGAGUGAAAAAAACCCAUCCCCGUGGGGCGCCUCGGGUUCGUGUGAUGUUGCCACCAUCACGUGUGCGCGUGUCUCGGGGUCAGGGAAAUCCGUCUAUGCUCUGGCUGCAUUUGCCUCCGCCCAUGAAACAAAAUAAGUGAUGGCAUAUGCAGUCGGCGUCUCCGUCUCAGAGGUUACUGUGUGCAAAUUACUUGCCUAAUUUGUUCAAAUAAAUGCCGGAAUGCAA